CUGCGACCCAUUUCGAUCCCUUGUCAAUUGGUCUCUCAGUUUUGGUGGCUGAGAGGGAAGAGUGCUGGUUCAGGGAGAGAGGGAGGGAUAUUCAGGAAACGAAAAUCUAGUCUCUAUCAAAUCGUCAAGGUAUAGAUUCUGCUCUAUGUGGUUGGUACAAGAAGCUGUGGAUACACUUCUUGAUAAUGGAAUCCGUGGACAACCAAUGAGGGACGGUCAUAAUAAGGUUUACAAGUCGUUUUCAGAUGUAAUUGAAGGAAAAGAGGGAAGAUUUCGUGAGACUCUGCUUGGCAAACGGGUCGAUUAUUCGGGGCGUUCUGUCAUACAAGUCUGAAUUUUUGGUUUCUUGCCUUUGUUCUGAGUUCGGAGUUUCCAAUCUUGAAAUUGAUUAUAGGCUCUAUAGUCUUGUAACCAAAGUUCCGAACCAAAAGGUUGUAAAAGGCUAUUUAGGUAAGUUCCCACACCUAAAACCCACCUCAUAAAAGAGUCCAAGCGUAAAGAUUGUUUCUUCCGACGAGAGACGGCAUGUCGACGACUCCAACUCGUCUUCUUCUCAAACAAGCCCUGAUCGAUUCCGUCAAGAUCACCCUGAGAAACAAGCAAACAUUUCUUUCCAUUUUUGCCCUCACGACCCUCCCUCUCUCCCUCCUCCUCUUCUCCCUCUCCCUCUCCUCCCACCCCCUCAAAUCCCACGUCUUCCGUCUCGAGUCCCUCGCCUCCCAAGCCCCCACGCGCUUCGAGGCCCGCCAGGUCUGGAAGGAGUCCCGCGACGACGCCGUUUCGCUCUUCCGCAUCAAGCUCCUCUACUUCCUCCCCUCCUGCCUCUUCUCCCUCACCGCCUCCGUCACCGCCGUUACCGCCACCUCAUCAGCCUAUCACGGAAGAUCCCCAAAUCUCCGUUCCUCACUCGCCGCCGUCAAGUCAAACUGGAGCAGACCCUUGGCCACCAGCGUCUGCAUCUACGCGCUCCUCAUCGCGUACGCCCUCGUCCCCCGCACUUUGGCCGCCGCGGUAUUCGCCUCGUCCGGGUCCCGAUUUUUCAUCCGGAUUAUCGGGUCGGGUCUGGAGAUCUACUUGAUGGCGGUUAUGGGGCUUGGCCUGGUUGUCUCGAUCCUGGAGGAGAGGUACGGCUGGGAAGCGAUCCGGGUCGGGUCGGAUCUGAUGGCGGGUAAGAGGCUGUGCGGGUGGGUGUUGUCGGGUUCGUUCGUGAUGGUUACGGCGGUGAUUGCAAGGAAGCUGGAGGAUGUGAUGGACGGUCAGGAUUUGAUGGAGCAGUCGUCGACGGGAACAAUGACGAGAGUCGUCGUGGGUAUUGAGGAGAAAUUUGGGUGGGUGAUUUUGUAUGGGUUGGUUGCGCUUUGGGGGUAUGUUGUUACCUCGGUUUUUUACUGCGAGUGUAGGAAACACCAUGUAAUUGUAAGUAAUGAAAAUGAGAAUGACACGGUCUAAUUUUUUUUCA